GGGGGGCUUCGUAGCCAACACCAUCGUCACCAAUGUGGCCUCGUGUGGUUCAAGCCCCGCGCGGAGUGUGCAGCCCUCACCGAGCGCUGCCGCCGUGGGGAGGCCGUGAAUGACGCGCCCGGACAUGGCCCUGGACGUCUUCGAGGAGUCGUGGAGGGAUGAGCAGCGGGGGAGCCCAAGGUGGACCCGGUCGACCUCCAGCCCUUCCAGGCAGGAGACGAUGGAGGCGCCGCCCAUGGUCAUGUGCGACGGGUGCGGCUCCCGCUGCGAGCUGGCGUGCGCCCUCUGCGCCGUGUGCGGGGCGCCGCCGAGGCUCUCCAUCGGCGGCUGGUCGUUUGUCGGCGAGACGCGGCCGCUGUACACGCUCGAGCUGUCCGGCCCACUGCUGGCCAACAGCACGGUGUACUUCGGGCGCGCCCGUCGGCCAGGCCGCCAGCCGUGCGGCACCCCUCAGAGGGGCUUCGCUGGCAUGUCGCGGGCGGCGGGCGGGCUCCUCGCCGACCGCGAGGGGGAGGGCCUGGCCCUGGCCCGGAAGACGAGCGGGCUCCUCGACGACCACGAGGGGGAUGCCGACCAGGCCAAGGAGCUCCUCGUGGCCGCCAAGUGCGUUUCAUACAGAAGCGAGGCGGCCGACGUGGAGAUGGCGUGGCGGGAGAUCGCGGUCUUCCGGGCAUUCGGGAGCGUGCAUCCGCACCUGCUGCCGCUGCUCUUCGGGGGCGCCGACGGGAGCGGCCUGGUGCUGUUGAGCCCGUACGCGCCGGGGGGUGACCUGUACAAGUUGAUGUACGUGGGCUCGGGGACCUACAAGUGCCUGGAGGAGAAGGACGGCGGCUACCUGACGUCGCAGCUACUGUCUGGGAUAGCAGCGCUUCACGGCGCCCGGUUCCUCCACGGCGACAUCAAGCCGUGCAACAUCUACCUCACCAGGGUGCGGGACGCCUACGUGGCCCAGCUGGGAGACUUCGGGCUCACGCGGGAGGUGCCGCUCUGCGAGGAUGGCGUGCCGCACGUCGGCGGCACCUCUGGCUACAUGGCCCCGGAGAUGGUGGGCCAGGUAGUGGGGGUCGACGGGGUGAUGGUGAGCUUCGCUGCCGACCUCUUCGCGCUGGGGGUCGUCGUGUACCAGAUGAUGGCGGGCAUGUCGCCGUUCUUCCCCGUGUCCAACGUACGCGCGCCCCUCGAGUUCGACGGCGCGUGCUGGGAUCCGCUGGACGAGGAGGCGCGAAGCUUCGUGUCUAUGCUGCUGGCCAAGUCCCCGGAGGCGCGCGGGACGGCUGAGUUCGCUCUCACCCACCCAUGGCUCGCGCUGUCGAGCAACCGCCCCCGCGGUGUUCCGCGGCCUCCGUUCGCACCGAAGCCCGCCGACGCCAUCCGCUUCCAGCCGGUGUCGAGGACCGUCGGCAGGGGCCGCAGCAGCCCGGGCGCCGCGAAGGCGCGCCUCUCCCUGGUGAGGCCCUCGGUCUGCGCCGCCGAGGCGUAGCCGUCGGGGGCCGCGUUCCGGUCCCUCCCAAUGUUGCCUCUUAAGCUCGUCCCAGGGCCUGGCUUUCAGGAGCACGUCAUGAUUUGUUUUUAUUCGGGCACCCCUUGCGGUCUCGAGCAAGGCAGCGUUUCAUGUUGCCAAGGCGUUGCGCCUGGGUCUCGAGUUGUUGUCAGCCUAGGUUUUCUUAUCACCUGCCUUGCAGCGGCCUGCUGCUGAAAGGAUUUGCGUUCAUUAUCCCGGGGAGGCCAUCGCUUGAUGGCAGCAGGUCUUGCGGAGCGGCAGAGCGCAAUGGAAUUGUGGGCCCGCUCCGUGAUAGCGGCCUUCUGCUGCUGCCGCUAUGGAAUUUGUGGGCCCCCUCCUUGAUAGCAAGGCCACCUCCCACACUGGCCUUCGUGCGUAUACUCGCUUCCCUGUGAGGCUGCCCAGCAACCGCUGAAGCGGCUGCUCGCUAGUCUCGUGGGUCGAGGCCUUUUAAAACCAUGACUUUUUCAAAAAGCUGCCGCCGCUCUCACUUCGGCGCCGCGCGCACACGUCCUGAAAACUGACUACAUGUCGGUCUGGUCCAGCACAGCGCAGCAUUGGCGUGAAAGUGGCGCACCCGUUUUGGUGCAGCGCCGUCUUUUUUUCACUCCUCGACUCGUGUCCUUAUUCCUUAGUAGUACAUGCUC